AUGGGGUCGAUGGACCGGCUGAAGUCCCACCUGCCGGCGUCGUUCCGCAAGACCGGGGAGAUGUCUGGAGCAGAGAAGGCGGAGUGCGCCAAGGACAAGAGGCACUGCCACCAGAGGGCGCAGUCGCUCGCAGGGACGGCCGCGAACACGAUCUCCGCAGCAACGAACAUGAAGAACCUCAGCAUAAGGGACGUCAGAAACCAGACGGAGCAGAACGAACGGGUAGCAGAGGGCAAGGUGCGUGCAAAGGGGAACGCCAAGGGGCAUGGUGUCGUCCUGGAGACAGCAGUGAGGACUGGAGAGGGUGGCAGCCACACCGUGACGUACACCACAGAGAAGGUGGUGGGCAACGGGUCCUUUGGCGUCGUGUACAAGGCCUCCUGUGUGGAGACGGGGCAGACGGUGGCCAUAAAGAAAGUGCUGCAAGACCGGCGGUUCAAGAACCGCGAGCUGCAAAUCAUGCGCCUGCUGCAGCACCCCAACAUUGUGUGCCUGCGGCACUGCUUCGCAACUCGGGACGAGGAGGGGGAGACCUACCUGCACUUGGUUCUGGACUACAUACCCGAGACAGUCUACAGGAUAGGCAGGCACUAUGUCAAGAACGCGGUCAAGAUGCCCAUGCUAUACAUCAAGCUGUAUAUGUACCAGAUCUGCCGAGCCCUGGCACACCUGCACAAGAUGGGGAUUUGCCACAGGGACAUCAAGCCACAAAACCUGCUGGUGAACAUGGAGACACACCAGCUGAUGCUGUGCGACUUUGGCAGCGCGAAGGUGCUUGUAAAGGGAGAGCCAAAUAUCUCCUACAUCUGCUCCAGAUACUACCGUGCACCAGAGCUGAUCUUUGGUGCCACAGAAUACACUACAGCGAUCGACAUGUGGUCCACAGGAUGCGUGAUGGCAGAGCUCAUGAUCGGCCAGCCCAUGUUCCCAGGGGAAAGCGGAAUCGACCAACUGGUGGAGAUAGUGAAGGUGCUGGGCACUCCCACGCGUGAGCAGAUCAUCUCCAUGAACCCAAACUACACCGAGUUCAAGUUCCCACAGCUGAAGACGCAAUCCCUGCACAAGAUGUUCAAGAAGGUGCCAGCGGAGGCCGUGGACCUGGUGGCGCAGUUCCUUACAUACACUCCUUCUGACCGCAUAACGGCCGUUGCUGCCAUGGCACAUCCAUUCUUCGACGAGCUGCGGCAGGGGUGUGGCACAUUGCCUGACGGCCUCCCCAUGCCACCGCUCUUCAAUUGGCUGCCCGGCGAGUUGGACCGCGCGGGCCCCGAGCUUCGAGCUAGGCUCAGAUGCGCCAGCUAG